UUUCUCCCUCCUCCCACAAACACAUAAAAACUCUCAACAAAUUUUCUUUUUUUCUUUUUUCGUUUUUCUUUUCUUUUUUUUUCAAUUUUAUUUAAACUCUUUUUCUUUAAUCAUGACUGGUGUCGACUUCCUCGUUAAUACUUCUACUUCCAAAGGUUACAAGCUUAACUUACAAACUGGUCUUUUCAUUAACAAUGAAUUUGUUGCUGGUGCCAAGACAAUUGAUACUGUUAACCCUGCCACUGGUGAAGUCAUUGCAUCUGUCCAAGCUGCUGAAAAAAAGCAAGUAGAUGAUGCUGUGGAUGCUGCCGAAAAUGCCUUUAACAAUGUCUGGAGCAAGACUACUCCUCAAGAACGACAACGUUUGAUCAAUAAAUUGGCUGAUUUGAUUGAACGUGAUACUGAAGAAUUGGCUCAAAUUGAAACUUUGGACAAUGGUAAGGGAAUUUCUAUGUCUCGUAAUGUGGAUGUUCCUGGUAUCGUAGCAUCUCUUCGUUAUUAUGCUGGUUUUGCUGACAAAGUUCAUGGUAAGACUAUUGAUACCCCUGGAGCUUUCUCUUAUACUCGUCAUGAAGCUAUUGGUGUUUGUGCUGCCAUUAUCCCUUGGAAUUUCCCUUUGAUGAUGCUUGGUUGGAAAUUGGGUCCUUGUUUGGCUACUGGUAAUGUCAUCAUUGUCAAGACUUCUGAAUUGACUCCAUUGUCUGCUCUCAAGGUGGCUACUUUGGCCAAGGAAGCUGGCUUCCCUCCUGGUGUCAUCAACAUUAUUACUGGUUAUGGUGCUGAAGCUGGUGAUGCUUUGGCUCGUCAUCAAAAGGUUGGUAAGGUUGCUUUCACUGGUUCUACUUUGGUGGGUCGUUUGAUCAUGAAGGCUGCUGCUGAAAGCAAUCUCAAGAAGGUCACUUUGGAACUUGGUGGCAAGUCUCCUAAUAUUAUCUUUGAUGAUGCUGAUUUGGAUAAGGCUGUCAGAUGGGCUCACUUUGGUAUCUUCUUCAAUCAUGGUCAAUGCUGCUGUGCUGGUUCUCGCGUAUAUGUACAAGAAGGUAUCUAUGACAAAUUCUUGGAAAAGUUCAAGGAACGAACUGAACAAACUCGUGUCGGUGAUCCUUUCGAUGAAACUACCUUCCAAGGUCCUCAAAUCUCUCAAACUCAAUAUGAUCGUAUCAUGGGUUAUAUUGAACAAGGAAAGACUGAAGGUGCUACUGUCUAUGCCGGUGGUUCUCGUCAUGGUGAUAAGGGUUACUUUAUUCAACCUACUAUCUUCACUGAUGCUACUCCCAAGAUGAAGAUUGUCCAAGAAGAAAUCUUUGGUCCCGUUGUCGUCAUUACCAAGUUCAAGGAUACCGAAGAAGUCAUCAAACUUGCUCAUGAUACCACUUAUGGUCUUGCUGCUGCCGUCUUUACUGAAAAUGUCACUCGUGCUGUGGAAGUUUCAAACCGAUUGGAAGCUGGCACUGUCUGGGUCAACUGUUACAACCAACUUGACACAAGCAGUCCCUUCGGAGGUUAUCGUCAAAGUGGUAUCGGUCGUGAAAAUGGUGAAUAUGCUUUGGACAACUAUCUUCAAGUCAAGACUGUCAAGAUCAACAUCAAUCGCGACGUUUAAAUUAAUCUAGGAUACUUUUUUUUUCUCACUUUAUCAUCGUACCAAGUCAUAUUUCCCUACUCUCUCUGUUAGUUUAUCACAAUCAUCCCUCCCCUUUGUUUGUCACAAUAAAAAUAUCUUUUUUUUGUUCCAAAUAA